CCCCCCUCCCUAACAGUAUGUCGAGCAGCUUCUCCUCUGAAGGGACCAUCCCCUUCACGGUCGAUGGCGAGACCCAUCAGACAUGGUACCGCCUUUUCGGUGACCUCACGAAACGCACCCACCGCCCUCUCGUCGUGAUCCAUGGCGGGCCCGGGCUCAGCCACGACUACCUCCUCCCGAUCGGCGACCUCGCAACGACUGCGUCCAUCCCCGUCAUCCUUUACGACCAAGUCGGCACCGGGCGCUCUACGCAUCUACGCGAGAAGCCCGCGUCUUUCUGGACGAUCGACCUCUUCCUCGACGAGCUCACGAACCUGGUAAAUCACUUCGGCGCCCAGGACGAUUUCGACGUCCUCGGGCACUCGUGGGGCGGCACACUGGCCAUCGAGCUCGCCAUCCGACGCCGCCUGCCCGGUCUGAAGCACGUCGUCCUCAGCAACACGCUCGCCGCGAAGCGUCUCGUUAAAGAGUCGAAUGAGAUGCUGCAGAAGAACUUCCCACAGGAGGAGCGCGAGGCAUGGCUGGCGGGCCCCGAACACCCACUAUUCGGCCAAGCCUCCGCACACUUCUUCUCCCUGCACGGAUGCUUGCUCAGCCCACCGCCACAGGAAAUGCUGUACUCGCUGGCUCAAGGAUCGCCAGGAACGGGCGACACGACCGUCUAUAAUGCGCUGAGCCAAGGGGAGUAUGCAGAUUGGGAUGUGAUCGACAAGCUGCACACUGUCGAGGUCCCCGCGUUGAUACUCAACGGACGCGCGGACUAUAUGCAAGACUUCGUGAACGCUCCAUUCUUCACACACAUCCCGCGCGUCAAAUGGAUUACGUUCGAGAAGUCCAGCCAUAUGCCGUUCUGGGAGGAACGUGAGAGAUACAUGCAAGUGGUCCAGAAUUUCCUCGACCUAUAGUGGAGGUUACUCGCCCUCUUGUACACCAAGACUGCCCCGAAUGAGUAUCCGACGUGGCACAUGGCUUGCGAGCUUGUCAAAUUGUUCAUCCCCGGUCUCGCCACUCAUGUCGUCAUAAAUUAGUCACCAUUUGAUGUAUUGCCAGUCACUAGCUAGAGGUAAUUAACCAAACAUUAGUUUGGCAAGUAGGCUGUUCGCGAAGACAU